UUUUUUACUCUGAUUACUACACUUUGCUGUGUAAAGGUUAAACAUCAUUUAACCUGGUAAACCAGUUUUCUGAAACCAAGCCCAAUUUCAUGUAAAUCAGAUCUGCCUUUGGAGUCUCCAGCACUGUGGUCUGACCAAGAGAAGUCAUCUGACCAAUCCCAGAGAAGCAGAGCAGAGCUAAUCUCAAAUCAGGUUAAACACUCAGUCUGGAGCUUUAGCAUAGAAAGCACAGCUCAGUGGAGUGAAGAAAGGGCACACGUCACUUUGACAUUACUUUUACAUUUGUUUUUAAAGUGGAACCUGUUUUUAUGAGUGUGUCCCGCCUGUGCCAUAUUAAGGACCAUCUUCAGCCAGAAAAAAAGCUGGAAACUAUGACACAAGUGUUCAGAAGUCCCUUGACGACCCAUGUGUUAAACACGACCCAGGGAGCCCCUGCAGCUAACAUGGCCCUGAGUCUGUACAGACUAGAGGGGCCUCCCGAUCUACAGGAUUGGAGACCACUGACCUGUGGGAUCACCAAUUCUGAUGGCAGAUGUCCAGACCUAGUGCGUCCUGAAACUUUCACUGCUGGGACGUAUAAGAUGCGUUUUGAAACUGGAGAUUACUGGAACAAACUUGGAGAGAUUAGCUUCUACCCAUAUGUGGAGAUUGCUUUUAAUAUAAUAGACCCUUCUCAGAAGUACCACAUCCCUCUGAUCCUCAGCCAGUUCUCCUACAGCACAUACAGAGGCAGUUAGUGCUGAACCCUGGGGGAACGCAUGGCACAGGUGCUGAAGCAGAAGUCGACCAGGGCAGAGCCCCCCGGAAUUCAGACAGUAUGGAACCUACUGACAGACUAAGCUUGCAGUUUGAUUGGGCAAUCCUCUACAGUGCUGCAUUUCUGACAUCCUACUAUAUACAGUACAGCACACAUUCAUUACCUGACAGAUUUGUAUUGUAAUACGAAUAAAUGUGUUUGG